GGCAAACCCAGACCUCUCAUCCAUCUAUUUUCCACAUAUGUGUGUGAAUUCAUUUUUUGCUAUCCAUCUCAUAUGCGCAUGAAUUAGGAAUGCAUUUCUUGUGAUUUGUGAUGAUUGUUGUGGAAGGAUGAAGUUGCUGGAUAAUGCAAUUGGACGAUAAUAAUGGUGAAACUGUACCCUUUAUCAUCUCAACAUCACAUUUGAAAUUGGUUGUAUGAUGUCAUAUAUUAAGAGUUCUCUUGUGACGAUUAAAGAGAUGGUGUAAGUGAAAAUCAUGAAUUGUGUGUUAAAUCACUGCUCAGGAGGCAAGUGGAUAUGGUCAAGGAACUCAAAUGGAAAUACUUAUGACAAAUUCCCGCAAAUUACAUGUGCCAAAAAGAUUGAUAAUCACUCAUCUAUCAUAUUGUGAUGACAAAGUUGAACUCCACAUUUCACAUUGAUUUGUCUUUGUUACAUUGUUGAGAUUUGGAAAUGUGAAUUCUCAAGCUACAAAGAAAUUUGGCAUUUGAGAUAUUGAUUUGAUUUGCUAUUUGGGAUCGUCAUGUAUGCGCUUGGAUGGCUAUGAUAUUGGAGAAAGGUAGGAGCUUUGAGGUUAAAUCAAAUUUGGUCCAUUAAAUUUAGGGUUUGAUGGGGAACACAAGUUCAGGUCCCAAAUCAGGGAACAAUGGUUUCUUGCAAUCCGUGACUGCGGCGGUGUGGAAACCCAAGCAGAUAGAGAACCCUCUCCCAUUACCCACUGGUGAGGGAGAAUCUGAUGAUGGCUACAACACCAAAAAGGAUUCAACAGACCCUUCUUCUUCUGGACAAUAUAUAUCUAGCACUAGUUCCAUGAAUCCACGCGACAAGUGUCACAUGAAGAAAAUGCCCAGUGUCGGGCUUCACUUGGAUUCGGUUUUAGGGCGAAAAGCGGGUAAUAUCAAGGACACUUACAUCAUAGGGAAGAAGUUAGGGCAAGGGCAAUUCGGGACAACAUUUUUGUGUGUGGAGAAGGCCAAUAGGAAGGAGUUUGCCUGCAAGAGCAUCGCCAAGAGGAAGCUAACCAGUGAGGAGGACAUAGAAGAUGUCAGAAGGGAGAUUCAGAUAAUGCACCACUUAGAAGGGCAUCCAAACGUGGUGCAAAUCAUGGGAGCUUAUGAAGAUGCAGUUGCUGUUCAUGUUGUGAUGGAGCUUUGCGGGGGUGGGGAACUUUUUGAUCGAAUCAUACAGAGAGGGCAUUACACCGAGAAGAAGGCUGCUGAGCUCGCUAGGGUCAUUUUAGGUGUUGUGGAAGCAUGCCAUUCUUUGGGAGUUAUGCACAGGGACUUGAAGCCUGAGAACUUUCUAUUCAUUAAUGAGGAAGAAGAGGCACCACUAAAGACCAUUGACUUUGGCCUCUCUGCAUUUUUCAAGCCAGGGGAAACAUUCAGUGAAGUAGUUGGGAGCCCUUAUUAUGUAGCUCCAGAAGUCCUACGGAAGCAUUAUGGACAAGCUUGUGACAUUUGGAGUGCUGGAGUUAUUAUUUACAUUUUGCUGAGUGGGGUUCCGCCAUUUUGGGAUGAAACGGAGCAAGGAAUAUUUGAACAGGUCUUGAAAGGGGAACUUGACUUUGUAUCUGAACCUUGGCCAAAUAUAUCAGAUAGUGCAAAAGAUUUCGUCAGAAAAAUGCUAGUAAGAGACCCCAAACAACGGCCAACAGCUCAUGAAAUCCUUUGCCACCCUUGGGUUCGAGUAGGCGGUGUAGCUCUGGAUAAACCUCUAGAUUCUGCUGUUUUGAGCCGACUCAAGCAAUUUUCUGCCAUGAACAAAUUGAAAAAGAUAGCUAUCAGGGUCAUUGCUGAGACUUUAUCUGAAGAAGAAAUAGCAGGGCUUAAGGAAAUGUUCAAAAUGAUAGAUGCAGAUAGUAGUGGACACAUUUCACUUGAGGAACUUAAAAGGGGGUUGGAAACAGCAGGUGCCAAUCUAAAGGACUCAGAAAUAUAUAGUUUAAUGCAAGCUGCAGAUAUUGACAAUAGUGGUACCAUAGACUAUGGAGAAUUCAUAGCAGCCAUGCUUCAUAUGAACAAAAUCCAAAAAGAGGAUCAUAUGUAUGCUGCAUUUUCCUAUUUUGACAAAGAUGGAAGUGGUUACAUCACACAUGACGAACUACAACAAGCUUGUGAAAAGUUCGGUUUGGCUGAUGUCCCCAUUGAAGAAAUUAUUCAUGAAGUUGACCAAGAUAAUGAUGGACGCAUAGAUUAUAAUGAGUUUGUAGCAAUGAUGCAAGAUACAGGCUUUGGUGGAAAGGGAUUGGGAAACAGUAGUAUAAAACAACAUGGUUUAGCUCGGAUAAAAACAUGAUAUAUCUCAAGUUUGACUUACAUAUACUUGUAUUUAAUGUAAAUGAAUAGUAGAAUAUUUUGACUACUAUUGUGUAAAGAUAAAGGUUAGACUAGUCACUCGUAUAAGAUGGUAGUUUUUUUUAUUUCUCUAGUUCCUAGCUUUGUACUGCAAUUCAUGUUUUUUAUUGUUUCUUUGAAUCGUAGCAACUCCCUCUUUCAUUGUAAUUACUUCUUGAUUGCUAUUUUUCAAUCAAUCAUGUUAGUCCCUUGUUUCUGUAACA